UGGUAAAGAAAACCCUGGAGAGAUAAAUACAGUUUCCUCCUACCCCAGCAGAGUGGAGAGCUUGGAAAAGAAAUUAAAUAGGAUUGUUAACUUGUCACAGAACAAAUGUGGGAAUUGUGACCUCACGCCCCACAGGGAGGACUCUGGUUCCUCCUGCUGCUCAGGGCUGAGGCCUGAGUUUCAUGGGUGAUGUCGCAAAGUCUAGGGUGUUGCCCGGCCCACUGCCACAGCCCCAGCCCACCAUGCUUACCACCCUGUGGCUGCUGCUCAGCUUUGCUGUCCCAGUACUGGCAUCUUACUUUUCCAUCAGCUGUCCUAAUCACAGGACUUGCCAGCGGGCCCUUCUGUCAGGCAAUGACGUCGUCCUGCACUGCAACGCCUCUGGGGCACAGUGGCACUUCUACUUCCUGCAAGGCAGGACCACCCGGUCCAGCAGCACCUCUGACAUUUCCAACAUGGAAACAGUGCCCAAUGGCAGCAUUCUCAUUCGGAACCCACUGCCCACACAGACGGGCUUCUACAGCUGCUGGGGCGGGGAUGGCAAGAAGGUGGCCCACUAUGACAUUGACUUCCAGGAUGUUACCAGCCUGCAUGUCACACACAAAGACCUGGGCCAAGAGCCCCUGGAGAAUGUCCAUGAGUCCAUGAGUCUGGGUGGCAAGGAGCUCAUCUUCACCCACUGGGAGCCCUGGCAGAAGUGUAACCACUGUGGGGGACCAGGUGAGCGCAAACACCUAGGGUACUGCUACAUAGAGAAGCACCUGGAAGACUUCCUACCCUGCUGGCUCUAUUUGGGAGAGAUGAAUCUGUGGUUCACCCGCAUGCGGCCCGAGAUGCAGGUGGAAGCCUGCCGUGUCCAGUGCACAUCACCAGAUGUGGAGUACGUCACUUUUGACAGCUUUGAGCUCAGUGAGAAGUCAGGAUCUGAGUGGCUCACCUGCCCCUUUGGAUCCAUCUGCUGACCCAUCAUCUGGGAAGCCAACAAUAUCCCCUUGACCUGGAAGGGCCAGCUCUCCGGCGAGAACGUGAGCACCGUCCUGGACACCUCCAACGGCGGCUCGCGGCUGCAAGUCUCCCAGACGGCCACGUACAAGUGCUUUGUGCAGCAGGAGCUGACAGCUCGAUUCAACCCCAGGUUAGAUGUGGAUACACUGGCGUCUCUGAGCACAGAAGAUGUUGAACAGCCAGAGGUAGAGGAGGCCUGGAAAGGAAAGGCCGACUCCGUCCUCAAGGGGCUGAAGCUGAUGCUGCUGGUGGGCACGGUCCUGGGCCUGCUCUGGAUGCUGCUCAAAUUCUUCCACCCUUCCUGGCACAGGAGGAGAAACCAGGCACUGCUGGUGAAAUAAAAUGAGCCCUUGGGGUCCAGGA